UCCCGCCAAAAUAUCUAUUAGUAAAACACUUGCUAUUGUUGGUGUUCAGCUGAUCCUCAUUCGGUCUCGGGUUAUCAGACAAGCCCAUAAGACGUUAUUAAAUAUAAAUUAAAAAUAUUACCGGAGACAAUGAUGACUAAGUUUCCAAUCACAACCUUUGUCGCUCGGUCAGUCUUUGUAAUAACGGUGUUCACUGUCCUGAUGUCCGUAUCAGACAGUAAAAAAUGGCCUCGGUCAUCUGCUUCCAGUUACGGCCACUGGACCAGACUUCGCAGAUCCGCACCUCACCGAAACGCUCGUGUUGUAUCAGAGGGGGACAUUCGCCUGGUGGGAGGACAUACAGCGUACCAGGGGAACGUAGAAAUUUACCACUUUGGUCAGUGGGGAUCCAUCUGCGACGACGAAUGGGACAAGAGAGAAGCAGACAUCGUCUGUCGUCUCUUAGGAUAUCCAGAAGCUGAGAGGCCCACCACAGAUUCCUUGUACGGCCGGUCACGACAUUACUUCAGCGAAAAGAGUUGUAACUUACUGCUGAUCCACCAGGGAGACAAGAAGAAUGAGAUGAAUUCCUAUUUCGGAGGUCAGCAAACCCAGACGAUCUUGAGUGGAGUCAAAUGUACAGGGAACGAAAACAACCUUGCUUCUUGUCGCCAUGACUACAUUGGAGUUGUUGAUUGUCCGGAAAGAGACCGUAGUAUUGCUGGUGUUAUUUGUGCAAAAGCAAUGCCUGACUUGAUUCCAGACGACAAAGAGAUUGAACAAUCGGCUUACUUGGAGUUAAAGCAGUUAAUGCACCUACAGUGUGCUAUGGAAGAAAACUGUGUUGCUAGUUCUGCUUAUCGACUUCGGAGAGAACACCAGAGAAGACGGUUGCUCAGGUUCACCGCGAGAAUAGGUAACAUCGGAACAGCCGACUUUCUGCCGUUUUUACCGAAACGCGCGUGGGAUUGGCAUGCUUGUCAUCAACACUAUCACAGUAUGGAAGUGUUUGCUCAUUUUGACGUCAUUGACAUGGGAGGCAACAAAGUAGCCGAGGGUCACAAGGCUAGCUUCUGUCUCGAAGACAACUUUUGCAGAUCUGGCACCCAGAAGAAAUACGCAUGCGCAAACUAUGGUGAUCAGGGUAUUACUGUGGGCUGCACGGACAACUACCUGCAUAACAUCGAUUGCCAGUGGGUUGAUAUCACGGAUAUUAAACCUGGCAAUUAUUAUUUCAAAGUUUCUAUUAACCCGGAGUUUAAGGUUCCUGAAAUUACCUUUGAAAAUAACGCUGUUACCUGUAAUCUUCACUACGACAUCGUCUCAGCCAAAGUUUGGAACUGCACGUUGGGUCGACCGUGAAAUCAGAAGACGAAGAAAGUACAUGAUAUACCAAGUUUAAUGUUAAAAAAAUAACAACAGCAACAUAGCUGUAGAUAGUAAAAUUAAAUCUAUUUUUU